AUGCUGGCGGCCGCCCCGCUGCUCGGUGGGGCCGAGACGCUCUGCGCCCUGGGUGGGGGCGACGGGCGCCUCCUCCUCUUCGCCCUGGACCACCCCGGGGCUGCCACCGAGCUGAGGCUGUUCGAGGGGGCCGUGCGUGGGCUGAGCUGGGCCCCCCACCCUGGGCUGCCCCCCAGCACCGCUGCCCUCCUGGUCUCCGGGCCCGACGGGGAGAUGCUCUGGCUGGACGUCACCCACCACCCUGGGCAGGCUCCCCGGGUGCGGCUGAUGGGACGGUACCUGCUGCCACCCUGCAAGCAGCGCUGGCACACCUGCGCAGCCUUCCUGCCCCAGGAAGGGCUCCUGGUCUGCGGGGACCGCCGGGGCUCCCUCCUCCUCUUCCCUUGCAGCAGCUCCCCAGGACAGGCUGCGGAAAGCACCAGCAUCACCAAUGGUGGCACCGACUCAGUCGGCGAGGACUCAGGCAGCGAGUUGGAGCCCUCUGGCUUGUUGCACAAAGAGGCUCUUCCCCUUGAGGCCCCGGUGUCCGUGCUCUUUGGGCUCCAUGGGAAGACAGGGGUUACCUCGGUGGCCUGCCACAAAGGCUACAUCUACAGCACCGGCCGGGACGGUGUCUACCGCCAGCUCCGCCUGCGGGGCCAGCAGCUGGAGGUCCUGCAGAAGCACAGGCCCUGCAAGGGGCUGCAGUGGAUCGAGGAGCUGUGCUUCACCCCCAGCGGGGACCUGCUUGUGCUGGGCUUUCAUGCUGACAACUUUGUGGUGUGGAGCAGCAGGACUGGCGGGAACCUCCACUGUGUCCCCUGUGGUGGGGGACACCGCUCCUGGAGCUACUGGAGCAGCCCCUCGGCUGAGGCCUUCGCCUUCAUCAAGAGUGGGGACGUGAUGCUCUACCACCGCGAGGCCGAGCCCUGCGAGCAGCAGGUGCUUCUGGCGUCCCUGCAUGGGCGGGAGAUCGCCUGCGUGCAGCGCCUGGGGGCAGUGGAGGUGCCCGGACACACCACCCUUAACGUCUUUGUUACCGGCAGCGAGGACACCACAGCCUGUGUCCUGGCACUCGACGAGCGUUCCCGGGCAGCCGUGCCCCUCGCCCGGCUCAGCGACCACAUUUCUAGCGUGAGGGCGCUGGCGCUGGCUGGCCCUGCAGGACCCGGUGAUGACAGUUUUGGUGGCAAAGGCUUGUCUGCCCUGCUCUUCUCUGCGGGCGGCCGGGCGCAGAUUGGGUGCUACCAGCUGCUGUGCACUGGGGACCCAGCCUCCGAGAGCGCUGUGGCCUGCCAGGUGGUCCAUGUGGCCUCCCACCGGCUGGACGAGCACUGGGAGCGGAAGAAGAACAGGCACAAGCUGGUCAAGAUGGACCCAGAAACAAGGUACAUGUCCCUCUCGGUCGUGCCCGGGACCAGCACUGAGCAGCUGCCAACACCCUGGAAGUUCCUGGCUGCUGCCUGCAGUGAUGGAUCGGUCCGGCUCUUUGGGCUGCUGGAGGCCGCCCGGAAGCUGGUGCUGGUGGCGGAGUCGUUUUACCACCAGCGCUGCGUGCUGAAGGUGGAGGCGUUCCUGCACGCGCGGGCAGGAGGGGAGAGGAGACACCUCCUGUGCAGCGCGGCCACCGAUGGCAGCGUCGCUUUCUGGGACAUCACCAGCCCCAUCACGGAUGCGGUGGACGCCCUGCACCGAGUGGAGGGAGAGAUGCAGCCCCUGGCCCUGGGCGCCCCGCUGCUCACCGUCAUGGCCCACAGCUGCGGUGUGAACAGCCUCCACGUCCGUGAGACACCAGAGGGACAAUACCUGGUGGCCAGCGGCAGCGAUGAUGGCUCCAUCCAUGUCUGCCUGCUGGAGGUGGCCUUGGGCAAGGGGGAGACUGCGGCAGGGACCUGCUUGCGUGUGCUGGAGCGGGUGGCCAGGCCCUGUGCCCACGCCGCCCAUGUCACGGGGAUCCGGGUGCUGCGGCCGGACCUGCUGCUCUCCGCCUCGGUGGACCAGCGCCUGACGCUGUGGCGCUGGGGCCCAGGCGGGCUCGAGGCCCUCAGCACCACCUUCUUCCACGUGCCCGACCUGGCCGAGGUGGACUGCUGGGAGGUGAGGGAGGCUGGGGGGGAGCUGCACUACUACUGCGUGCUCUGCGGGCAGGGGCUGGAGAUGCUGCGUGGCACAGCCCCCCCAGAGACCCCUCCACAGCAGGGUCCCCACUAAUGGGGUAGGAACAGCACACCCCGUUCCCUGCCUAUGUGCUCUGCCCAUCACCACAGCACCUGUCCCAGCCUGCCCACUGACGUGUCCUUUCUCGAGGGAACAGGAGUGCUUGGCUCCUCUAGGGACAGCACAGCCAUGUCUCAGGUGCUCAAGGCUGGCGAUCUCGGGGGAGAAGUAAGAUGUGGUCCAUCCCGGACCAGCCCACAGCUCCCCAGGCAAUGAAGGAGGAGUAGGGUCAUCAGCCCACUCUGCCCAGGAGAAACUGCUCCUUCCCAAGGUGUGAGGGACCUGUGUCCAGGCUUUGCAGCCCUGGUCCUAGAGAGGAAUCUUAUCAGAAAGGUGCUGAGCACCAUACCCAGCCCUGGGAGCUGAGGGGCAGCAGGAGGCCAAGACCAGCUGGGCGCUGGUGUGGCGUGUGGCAGGCUGCAGCCGCGUGUGACAGCCCUGUCACUGUGUACAGUGCUGGGGACUGUACUGAAAUGAGUGGGGACACUGAUCUGCAGCAGCAGCCCAAAGUGCUGUGCUAUGCUGGCCUCAGCCAGCCCCCCCCUUUCCUCAGAGCAGCCUUCAGUGCUGCCUCGGGGUUGUCACAGGACCCAGCACAAGAAGCUGCAGGUGGCCCCAGCCCCACACGGGGCAAGGUGCUCUUUGGGGUCAGACACACACACUGUUUGUCCAGCAACAAAUGUAUUGGACCCCAGUAUUGGGGCCUGGUGGGAUGGGAGCCUCAGGAGCUCCCUGCCAGCACGGAGUCGCCUUCAAUAAAUGGCUUUGAGGGACCCAAG